UCACUGGCCAGGGAGCUGGAGCCUUUUAGCCCCAUCGCCAUCUGUGCUGGGCUGCAGACGAGACCUGGCGGAGCAUCCUCGGAGCAGGAGCAGGAGCAGCCUCUUGUCUUUCCCCCACCACUGAGCAUGGCAAACAAAGGCCCCUCAUUUGGCUUGAGCAGAGAUGUCCAGGCCAAGAUUGAAAAGAAGUAUGACGACGACCUGGAGGAGCGGCUGGUAGAAUGGGUUGUGGCCCAAUGUGGGACAGAUGUGGGGCGCCCGGAACGUGGCAGGCUGGGCUUCCAGGUCUGGCUGAAGAACGGCAUUGUUCUAGGCAAGCUGAUCAACAGCCUCCACCCCACUGGCUCCAAGCCCGUGAAGAUCCCAGACUCGCCCCCAACCAUGGUCUUCAAACAGAUGGAGCAGAUCGCGCAGUUCCUGAAGGCAGCCGAGGACUAUGGGGUGGUGAAGACAGACGUCUUCCAGACGGUUGACUUGUUUGAAGCCAAGGACAUGGCUGCUGUUCAGAGGACGCUGGUGGCCUUGGGCAGCCUUGCUGUGACCAAGAAUGACGGGCACUACCACGGAGACCCCAACUGGUUCAUGAAGAAAGCCCAAGAAAACAAGCGGGACUUCACAUCAGCACAAAUGAAGGAAGGCAAGAACGUGAUUGGUCUGCAAAUGGGCUCCAAUCAGGGGGCUUCCCAGGCAGGCAUGACUGGCUACGGGCGGCCCCGGCAGAUCAUCAGCUAAACAGGAAGCGACUGGCCCUCCCGGUCCUGCGCUAAUAGCCCCAAUGCAGCCCCAAUGAAUUCUGCCCCGAGGGCAGUGCCAGUCGGCUAGCCGUAACUCAGCCCGUAAGUUGAUACCUGGCCGCAAGCACCAGGAGCCCAGCAAGGCCACUCUGCGGGGGGGCUAGCUACUUCCUCUCCAGCUGGCUCCAGCCCCGACCCCUCACAUGCUCCCUGCUUCACUGGCUGCCCUCUCUGCAUUGCGUAGUUUCGUGUCAAGCAGACAGACUGGCUGUCAUACAAGGCCCAGGCCGGGGCAGCCACAUUGCCCCACGUAAGGGCAGUCAGGUAUCACGGCCCUGUGGCUUCUUUGAAAAUGGCUGAAACUUGCACAAGAAAAAAAAAACCUUUUAUAGUGGGGAGGGGAAAUGCCUCCCUCCUCCUACCUGUUUUGUACUUCUUUUGUUCAUCAAUUAAAAACAAUUAAUCUCUCUUG